AUCUACCCAUAUGCGAUAAAAUAAAAUCUUUCAAUUACCUGCUUCCGGCAGCGGUACGAUGGCCGCUGCGAGAAUGGCGCUCGUCUCUUGCGCCCGCCGCCUCCCGUCCUUACCCUCUCCGCUCACCCUCUCGAGGCCCCGCGCCGGCGCCGUCUCAUUUCUGGCUGCCCAGCCGUCGCCGGCGACGGCACCGAGAUCCGGCAGGAAUCUUGCUCUCUUCUGUUCUUUAUCACCGACGUCGCCAUCGCUAACUGAGGCCGCCGUAGCACUGCCGCCACCGAAGGCUGCGGUGGAAGAGACGAAGCCCCCUGUGCCGAGCGGGGACGAGAAGGGGGAACCGACUGUGGAGGAGCUAGCGGGCCUGCUGGACGUCCGGGUGGGCCGAGUGGUGAAGGCGUGGAGGCACCCGGAGGCGGACACCCUCUACGUUGAGGAGGUGGACGUAGGUGAGGCGGAGCCCCGGACCAUCUGCAGCGGCCUCGUCAACUUCCUCCCCAUCGAAGAACUCCAGGACAGAAACGUCAUUGUUCUUGCUAACCUCAAACCAAGGAACAUGCGUGGCAUCAAGUCAAAUGGCAUGCUCAUGGCUGCCUCUGAUGCUUCCCAUGAGAAUGUGGAGCUGCUCAUCCCUUCAGAAGGUUCCUUUCCUGGUGAAAGAGUAUGGUUCGGUUCCGAAGAAGAAAAGAACCGUCAAUCUGACCCUGCAUCACCAAAUCAGGUCCAAAAGAAGAAGAUCUGGGAAGCUGUUCAGCCUCAUCUUAGAACAACAGAUAACUGCAUUGCGGUUCUUGGUGAUAAACAAAUGCGUACCUCUGCAGGCCUAGUUUUCUGCAAAUCGCUUCAGGGUGCAAGAGUGUCAUAAAUCUUUAUGGCCAACAUCUUUCUUGUAUCAUGGAAUCGUGUGUCAUGUAUCUUCCCUGCAAAUAAUAACUAACUAUAUGAGGAGAGCAGCAGGGAAAGAAUUUUCUUUCCAACUACUGAGAUAAUCACUGUACUGGAACCAUUCACAUUUAGUUCUCACUUUUCAGUGUUAAAACAACGUGCUUCCUGGGCUGACGCAAUAAUCUUGAUGCCUUGGGGCGAGUUAUUA